GGGGACAGGCAGGUGCUGGCCGGGAUCCCGGUGUACCGGGUGAUGGACCGGCAGGGACACGUCCUGAGAGCCAGCGAGGAUCCUCAGCUGCCCAAGGAGCAGGUGCUGAAGCUCUACAAGACGAUGACGCUGCUCAACACCAUGGACAGGAUCCUGUACGAGUCCCAGCGCCAGGGCCGGAUCUCGUUCUACAUGACCAACUACGGCGAGGAGGGGACACACGUGGGCAGCGCCGCCGCGCUCGACGCCUCCGACCUCGUCUUUGGGCAGUACCGGGAGGCAGGUGAGGACAGGUGGGGACAGGUGGGACAGGUGUGA